AUGUUUCACCACUCCACUUAUAUUCUUUUCGCUUUCCUCUUUUUAUUAAUAACAACACUCCCAAUUGAGAUAAAAGAUAUUCAGAAUAUUUAUCCACCACAGAACACAUUUCUUGCUUCAAAUGGAGUUUAUAUGACGAAAGUUGAUAAACAACUCGGAGAUGAAGCUGAAGAAAAAGUCGAGAAAGCGUGCAUACCAAAAUCAGAAGCCGCGAAUGAUGCGGCAGAAACAAUCCUCAAGGAAGGUUUUGAAGACAAUUCAACAGUUGUAGGCCCAAUAGUCGAUGACCCGAUGAUUGUAAAAAUCUACAAACCAGAAUGCGACGACUGA